GUGGCGCAAGCAGCCGCGACGCCAUUUGCUGCUGCCGAACGUGGGCACAGGCGGAUCUCGGAAGAAUCCCGCGGCUAUCAGCUUCCGAGCACGCUUCUGGGCCUCCCGCACCUUCGUUCUCCUGUGAGCUACUUGGUGUCGUCCCUCCGAGGACUUCUCGCCAUCCCUACGGUCACUCGGAAGCAAGUGAGAGACAGCGCGAGACCACCGUGCAGUCAUGCCCAAGAAUAAAGGUAAAGGAGGUAAAAAUAGACGUAGAGGUAAGAAUGAGAAUGAAUCUGAAAAGCGAGAGUUGGUGUUCAAGGAGGAUGGGCAAGAAUAUGCUCAGGUAAUCAAAAUGUUGGGGAAUGGACGAUUAGAAGCCAUGUGUUUUGAUGGUGUAAAGAGGUUAUGCCACAUCAGAGGGAAAUUAAGAAAAAAGGUUUGGAUAAAUACCUCAGACAUCAUAUUGGUUGGCCUCCGAGAUUACCAGGAUAACAAAGCUGAUGUAAUUUUAAAAUACAAUGCAGAUGAAGCUAGAAGUCUGAAGGCAUAUGGCGAGCUUCCAGAGCAUGCUAAAAUCAAUGAAACUGAUACAUUUGGUCCUGGAGAUGAUGAUGAAAUUCAGUUUGAUGACAUUGGAGAUGAUGAUGAAGACAUUGAUGAUAUUUAGAAUGAACUCAGCAUUUUACAUUCCAGUCUUUCUGAAGAUUAUUCUACAAGUUUGGAAUCUGGCUGUAGACCUCGAGGAAAAGAUUUUACUCUCAUGAUUGUAAUUUGUUGAGGCAGACUGAUAUGUUACUAAGGUCACUUCUUUUAAAACUGAUAAUGUUGAACUAUCUUAAAUGAAAUAUUAAACAGCCCACUUUCUUCUUUUGAUGUAAUGGAAUUUAGGAUAGAAGACCACAUAAGAAAAAAUGCAUUACUCCCUUUCCCACUUUGACCACUUCCAGUAAGUAAAUGGAUGUUUUUGAAUAAACAUUUAUUUGCCUUGUAA